AGUCGUGGCUGUGACGGCGCCGACGGAGGUCGGCGGAGCGCCGCGCCGGUGCCGACGGAGCGCCGCAGUGACCGUCGACGGCGGGCCAAGAGCUCUGUGAGCGGUGAAGGGAGACCUCAUCACGCUGCGCUCCGCGCUGGCCACGCGCUGGCUCCUGUGACGUCACUGGUCUGCGGCCGCUGACGUCACUGGUCCGGCGGUGACGUCAUGUCCAGCCGGAUGGGGAACCGACCGACCAGCUCUGAGAAGGCGGCGCUGCCCCGGCUGGCGACCGCCGCCGGCACUCACCACCGACCGGAAGGAAGCAAUAUAAUGUCGGACAAUGAGCUGAAAGAGCUGAAGAUGGUGUUCCGUCUGACGGAUCGCAACAAGGACGGCAGCAUCACGGCCGAGGAGCUGAAGCGCAUGCUGCUCGAUAAGCUGGACAUCCAGGUGGACGACUCGCUCAUCGGAGAGCUGAUGACGUCAGCAGGUGAAAACGACGGAGGACUCAUCAGCGAGGGUCAGUUCAUCUCCUGGUUCCUGAAAAUGCAGAGUCUCUCCGCCGACAAGGCGCCAGAUCACGUGACCAGCGACCUGUUCUCGGCAUUUCGACUGUUUGACAGGGACGGCAACGGCUACAUCACGCUGGACGAGUUGAGGAGAGCCAUGGACCUCAUCGAGGAGCGAAUGACAGAGGCGGAGCUGAACGCCCUCAUACAGAUGGCGGACGCAGACAAGGACGGCAGAAUCAACUACGAAGAGUUCCUGAGGAUGCUGAUCUGAGACCGCCGGACAUGGCGUCCCGCCCACCUCGCCAGAAGUCAUCGUGAGGUCGCCGGUCGACCCAGCCAGAGCCGAGGUCAUUAUGACUUGCCUGGGGUCGCCGGUCGACCCAGCCAGAGCUGAGUUAUAACGACUGACCUGGGGUCGCCGGUCGACCCCGCCAGAGCCGCCGAGGUCAUUAUGACUGGCCUGGGGUCGCCGGUCGACCCCGCCCCGCGCAGCUGAGGUCUCAGGUCACUAUGAGGUUGGGUCAGCGCCGACGGGGGACGGAGAAGUCCUCUUACCGAGCUGGCCAGAGUACCCAGUUCCCAUUGUUUCUCGCGCGGCGACAAACCGUCCCUGGCGGACUGCCCGGAAAGUGUAACUGUUGUUUGUGUCGCUAGGUGGCAGUGGCGCCGCGCCUCCGCCGGGAGCGCAGCUAGUGGCUCAGUCGCUGCAUUGUCGAACAAACGCGAUGUCUUUCUAGAGGCGUGUUGUGUCCAGGGUCUGCCGGGCGAGGCGUAGCGUAGUGCUCCGUGUCUGCCGCGGGUCAAUCAUGACGCGUCUCCACAGCAACUUUACGUGUCACGACUGUGCAGUAGAUAGGUAAACUGUAAACGAAACGUGUGAACAGGCGCAUACAGAACAGGGCGAGCUACUGCACCGUCCUCGAGCCAGUAAUUUACGCAAUUAUUUUUCGACUGCAGAACCUUGACAAGUCGGCUGAAUAUGUAGAUUUACUGUUUCGCUUUACCAACAUACAUCUCGCAAUGAAAAACUCUGCCCUCGUAUGUAUAUCAAUAUGUGGAUUUUCCAGUAUUCAAUUGUGUAGAAUGUAUAACGAAAUUUUCCUAAGAAAAUGAGUAGGACAUCCCGUUGCUUUGUUACUCAUAACUACUGACGGUCUGUUACGGUAUUUUGCGUGCAAGCGCCGCCAAUCACCAUGAUCGCAAUGUGUCGCGUUCCCCGUGGGAUGUUGUGGAACAUCACCGGUGUACCGUAAGAUGGUGUCAUAAGAAACCGGUGUGGGAGCUGCUGGGUGAUGCGCCAGGCACCGAUACGGCGUGUUCGGACCACAGCGUCCCAUCAUCCCCGUGUGAUGCAGUAUGUGUGGGAAAGCGAGACUCGACAAUAUAUACCGCCAGUCCGUG